UUUGCCGUAAUAUGUACUGUCACGGUCAGAAAGAUAAAGGAUUCUCAUUCCAAACUGGCAUAACGGUACAAGCAAGAUCACUGAAACGGCCACGAUGGAAGGAAAAACUAAAAUAUUUCCAAGGAUUAAGUGUGUACGAGCUUACGUCUCAGAAUCUAAACCCGAGGACCAGGGCGCCGACUGCCACGAUGUGGAAGAUACUCACUGGAUUAAUGGCUACCCCACCCCUAUAGCAAACCCCAUGUCUGGGUACGAGCAGUAUGCCUCCACUCGGAAAUCCUGGGGGAUCAACGCUCUCGGCACUCUGGUUGUGGAGGUGGAAGCAGACGAUGGAACAUGUGGAGUCGGUGUAACCAUUGGUGGUGUCCCUGGCUGUUACAUCGUGGAGAAACACCUCAGCAGGUUUGUGGAGGGACAGGAUCCUCGAGAUGUGGAGCUCAUGUGGGACCAAAUGUUCCGGGCCACCCUCAACUACGGACGCAAGGGUUUGCCUAUUCAGUGCAUUAGUGCUAUCGAUCUUGCACUAUGGGAUCUGCUGGGAAAGCUGAGAAAUGAACCGGUCUAUGCAUUACUUGGCGGGAAAACGAAGCAACGCCUCCCAGUGUAUUCUACUACUGCUCGUCCAGAUAUCGCAAAACAAUUGGGAUUUGUUGGCGCAAAAAUUCCGUGUGCUUAUGGGCCAGCUGAUGGUGACCAGGGAUUGAAGAAAAACGUGGAAAUAUUCAAGAAAUGGCGUGAAAUUGUAGGUCCAGAUUUCCCGCUCAUGCUGGAUUGUUAUAUGGCACUGAGUGUACCUUACACCGUGAAACUAGCGAAAGCACUUGAGCCCUUAGGAUUGAAGUGGAUAGAAGAGUUCUUGCCACCUGACAGCUAUGAAGGUUACAAAGAAGUACGGGAAGCCUUGCGUGGUUCCACAGUUUUACUGACUACAGCGGAACAUGAAUAUAGUCGCUAUGGAUAUCAACUUCUUCUUAAUUCUAAAUGUGUGGACAUUCUCCAACCAGACAUCUCGUGGCUCGGCGGAAUCACGGAAGCGCGACGAAUCGUCGCCAUGGCGUCAGCCCAUGACGUGUUGGUUGUUCCCCAUGGAUCCAGUAUUUAUUCUUACCAUCUACAAUAUGCCUUUCGUAACUGUCCUCUUGCAGAAUUUAUCAACCUUAGCCCGAAAGCGGAUAAAAUAGUCCCAUAUUUUGGUGGGUUAUUUCCAGACGAACCCUUACCAGCGGACGGUUUUAUCGACUUGCCCGAUCGGCCUGGGUUUGGCGUGACUCUGUGUAAAGACACACUGCGUCGACCAUUCCAACGUUCUUCGGAAGAAUCUAGAGUACAGGCGCUUAGUAACGCUACGUUCAAGUCCACAAAGAAAUCUCACAUGCCAUUUUGAACGUGUGCGUCUUUUUUACGAUAAUGAAAACAUACUAUUUUUCAGCUUUUCUAGCAUUCUACGUUAUUGAAAUUUAGAGGUAUCAAGUGAUAUAACCCAGAAUACCUUACUUUAUC